GAUAAAUAAAUAUUCAAAGUGGAGUGAUCUGAGAUCUUAUUAAUAUGAAAAUCAAAAGAAACACUCGAAAUAUUUAAUUAGGAAAAAAAGAAUUCUAGAUCAAGUUUUCAUUUUCAUUUCAUAACGUCGUACAUAUGUGAAAAGUUUGAUUAAGUUUAUCAACAUUCUAACCUUUGAAAGUCAAGACUAAAUUGUUGGAAUAUUUUACGCUUGAUUAAAAAAGAGUCGAAAAGCAGCGGAAUUUGGCAUUUCAAAUUACAGAAAAAAAGAAAUAAAAGAAAAUUGUUACAGAAGAAAAAUCCAAGCGUUCCGAUUCCGGACGUUACUAGCGAGAAGAAAUCACGUCAACAGAAAAUAAAAUCAUGUCAAUGAUCAAGAAACCGGAUUAUUUCAUCACACACAACGGACUUCCAAACAUUCUUUUUGCUCAUAACCGGCAAUCGAUAACAGAAACAAAAGUAUCAACUUCUUGUGAUCGCGUGUUAAGUCAUAAACAACAUCAACAUCAACAAAAGCAACAAAACAUCCACGCACUGAUUACAAAUAAAAGAUUUAGCGACAUGGAAUCGAAUCAACAGGCGCAUGUGAUGCAAUUUAACGAAAAAAAUAUCAGAAAUCGGGAGAUUAAAGAAAGUUUACGUCACAAUAAUAAAACAGCAAAAGAUCUGAUAAACAUGGGAAUUGUUAGAAGUAGUAGUUGCAAUCGUCGAAAUGAACAUUCACGUAUAUUAUCAGCGACAACAAAGUUUACUUGUGCUGAUAACAACGAAUUCUAUCGCAAAAGCAAAAGAUCACAGGAAGUGAGAAAUGAAGCAAACAGAGGAAAUAACAAACUGACGUAUCAAAGAAAAUAUGACAAUACAAUCUUUCGACAUGAUCUUCCUGAUCGAAUCGUUUUACCGCCGUUGCCAAUUUGAAGUAUAGGAAUUUUCAAAUAAAACUUAAAUUUAAAUGAUUACAAAAACUUUCUUUCACUUACCUGAAGAGAUUAUCUGAGAUGAGA